CGAUCACGUAUUCAAGGCAACGCACCAGUCGCUCCGACGCACGCGCACGCGACGCGCGUCGUGACCACACUCGCAAUAAAACGAAUUUAACUCCGCCAUUUUGUUUAUUCAGCUGUCAAAGUUUUGUGAUAUGAGUGUUCCGUGUGAAGAGUGUUUUAAUAUCAAGAUGGUGGUUUUAAAACUGGUGUUGUGUCUUGUCUCUGUGCACAUGGUGGCAGCUAAAGGAUCUGAAGCACAGAUCGAGUGCACGCCAGAGUACAUGCGGGUGAUUGUUCCUAUGGAUGGAGACAGGAAGGUCUCCUACCUCGACCAGUUGAAAGAAUACACGCCCUGCGAGCCCACUUAUGAAGGAAACGCUUUAACCUUCGUCUUGGAUCUUCUCGACUACCAAAAGUGCGCCGUCACAAGAGUCCUGAACACUCUGACAGGAAAACGCACGUAUUACCAUAAAAUCGUGAUUGAAGACUCGUCGGGUGGUAGCGAGACGGUGACCGUUCGGUGUGUGGUGACUGGCGAGAAGCACGCGAUCGCUCGCCGCGCUGUGGAACCAUUCCCACUGGAUUUCAAUGAACCGGACGUGCUAAACAUCACGCGAUACAUGGAGAGCCGCGCGCCGGAACCAGUUCUGGGAGCAGUUGUCAAGCAGAAUGGAAAACAAGUGUCCGGCGAAAUCUCCGUGAGUCCUGGAACUCCGCUGUCCAUGGAGAUAUUCCUGGACAACAGGUCGAUGCCCGUGUACGGCCUCCUCGUGAACUACAUGCACGUCACGGACACCGGGAAACAACAGGAAACCAUCAUAUUCAAUGGCUGUUCCGUGGAUCCAUAUCUAUUCGACAACUUCCUCACCACCGACGGUAAGAACUUGACGGCUAAGUUCAGAGCGUUCAAGUUCCCGGACACCACGUACGUGCAGUUCAAGGGCACCGUCACGGUCUGUCUGGACAAAUGUCAAGGGGUGCAGUGCGCGAGUGGCGCUACGGCUUACGGCCGUCGUCGGCGCGCAAUCGCAACGACCGCGGACGCCAACAAAGUUUACGAGGUGUCGCUCACCACCAUCAUACGGGUGGACUGGGCUGACGGGAAUCGGGAAGAAGAGGAUGUCCUGACGUUAUUGAAGAAUUUGAAAGUCGGUAAUCAACUCCUCGGUGACAAAGAAGGUUCACCAGCGACCGUCUCCGAGCAGACACAGGACACCAAACUAGUAUACACAGAAGAACUAGUUUCCAAUCUCGGCACUAACAUUCAGACAUACAGCUGUUUGUUGCUCAUAAUUAGUGUAAUAAUGAAUUUCUACAAGUAGUACUGUGCGGUCUAUUAGACCAGUGAAGGUCGCUAAGGUAUUUUCGGGUUAACCAUAGAUAUUUUCGCUAUUUUUCUUAGUUUAUACUCUCUUAACAUGGUCUUACUUAUAAAUAAUAUGUAGCGGGCGUUUAAGAACUGUAUAUUCUGUAAGAAGGAACUCAAAACUA